UUCACUCAAUUGUUCUCAAUCGCAACAGAUCAAGAACGCGCUAUCAUGUCUGGACGUGGCAAAGGAGGCAAGGCCCGUGCGAAGGCGAAGAGUCGUUCAUCCCGUGCAGGGCUUCAGUUCCCUGUCGGCCGUGUGCACCGUUUCCUGCGCAAGGGCAACUAUGCCGAGCGUGUCGGUGCUGGCGCCCCAGUCUACCUGGCCGCCGUGCUGGAGUACCUGACCGCUGAGAUCCUCGAGUUGGCCGGCAACGCUGCCCGUGACAACAAGAAGACCAGGAUCAUCCCCCGUCACCUUCAGCUGGCCGUCCGCAACGACGAGGAGCUGAACAAACUACUGUCCGGUGUGACCAUCGCCCAGGGAGGUGUGCUGCCCAACAUCCACGCCGUGCUCCUGCCCAAGAAGACCGCUAGCAAAUCUAGCUAGAUGGAAGAAUAACUUGCCAAUGACCCCCCGGCCCUUUUCAGGGCCACCCAAAUCCCCCCGAAAGAACUGGUCAUUAUCACCCCCGA